CUGAAGAAUCACUUCUAUAUGAAUCAGCUGCAAGAGAAACAUCCCUUAACUCUCAAAUCCUGGAUCUUGAGGCUGACACUAAGCACCUAAGGCUUGAACUGGAGAGGGUGACAGCUGAAAGAGACCAACUUACACAACAGCUAAAUGAUACCUGGAAAAGAGAGAGAAGUAUACAUCUUUGAACGAAAGACUCUAAAAGCUGAGCUGAAAGAACUUAAAUACAGAGAAACUCGCCUUCUUAGUGAUUACUCUGAAUUAGAAGAAGAGAAUAUCAGUCUCCAAAAGCAAGUGUCUGUUCUUAGGUCUUCCCAGGUUGAGCUAGAGGGAGAUAAACAUGAAUUACGACGACUUCAGGAAGAGCUCGAACUACUCAAUCAGCAGAAUGCAGAAUUAGCACAUUUACGUAAAUUGGCUGAAAAACAAAUGGAGGAGGCUUUAGAUGCUCUACAAGCUGAAAGAGAAGCAAAAUAUGCUAUCAAAAAAGAUCUUGAUGCAAGAAUUAACAGUGAAUCUAUGUUCAACUUGAGCAAUUUAGCUUACAGCAUUAAAGGACUUUCCGAAGAACAUGGGACAAGUGAAGGCGAAGAUGACGGUCCACUUUUACAAAAACUAGAAGCUAGUUUCCUUAAGAAUAGUGGUGUUACCAAUGAAGGAAUAGAGGGGGGCGAUGGUAACAAUAAAGGAGGUGGGGACUUGUUCAGUGAAAUUCACUUGAACGAAGUCAAGAAACUGGAAAGACAGUUAGAGCAGGUUGAAGCAGAAAAGGGCAUGUUGUUCCAACGGUUACGAGAUGCCCAAGAAUCGUCAGAUGUUGCUCGUCACGAAGCAGCAUCCAGACAUGUUCAACUGGCCAAACUUGAUGCAUAUUUGGCUAGUCUACUACAUCUUCAUGAAACUAUAGAAACCCCUACGAAUGCUUCUGAGGUUGAUCGAACAUCAACAGAACCAUCAAUUAACCUCAGCAAGGCGACACAACUUCAACAACUGGUUGAAAAAUUUAAACAUCGUACUGCUUUGGCCGUGCGUGAACUUCAGCAAGCACAACAAGAACUAUGGGCUCUUCGAGGAGCAUCUAACGGACAGUUGCCGACUGAUAUGGAACAAGAUUUCAUUGCGCUGAAGAAGAGGUUGUUAGAUACUGAGCAAAAGGUGGCAAUUCUUCACUCAGAAAUUACGGCCUCGUCAGAGUCAGCCGGUGAUAGUCGAGCUACAUUGGCGACACUUCAGUCAGAAUUGUCUCCACUCGUCGAUGACAUUACCGCGCUUACGCUGCAUCUUUGUGCGGCCGUAGGCAUUCAAACUGGAUCAGGGACUAAUGCGGGUACCGCACGUAGCUCAACCGAUGUUGGCAGUGGACCUAGUAGCUUGGCUUCCGAUAUUGCCGGGCCAACUUCUAUCGGUUCAGAGUACAACAAGGAAAAUAUCUCGCCAGAAACCAGUGUCACAGUCACUCCUGUUCACAGUCCCACCCGACUAUUGCACAUGCUUCAAGAACAAGUUCGCAUGCUACGUCGAGCCGCCGAAAUGCUGGUCAAGCAGAGCCACACCAAAGAAACGCCAAGCGAGUUGGUGUCAGACAAAGAUCGCGAUACCUUCGAAUCAGAUGUUGCCGAACUCCAAGAGCAAAUUGUUAAGCUCAAAGCCUUGUUAUCUACCAAGAGAGAACAGAUCGCUACGUUGCGCACCGUCGUCAAGGCCAACAAACAAACUGCCGAAGUUGCAUUGGCUAAUCUUAAGUCAAAAUACGAGACUGAGAAGUCCAUAGUCUCAGAAACGAUGAACAAACUUCGCUUGGAACUUAGAACUCUAAAGGAAGAGGCAGCUACAUUUUCUAGUCAGCGAGCAUUGUUUGCUGCGCGCUGUGAAGAAUACGUUUCAGAAAACGACGAACUUGGCCGGCAGCUAAGCGCAGCUGAAGAUGAAAAGCGGACGCUGAAUUCUUUGCUUCGAAUGGCUAUUCAACAGAAACUUUCACUAACGGAGCGCAUAGAAGAUCUUGAAAUGGAUCGUGAACGUUCCAACUUACGUCGUCAACCCCAAAGCACGCGUUCUACGAUUCCGGCUGGUGGGGCACGAAAUCCGGCACAGGCCCAGGGGCAAGGAGCAGGAUCGGGUCAUCGCUAUCCUGCCAAUCGUCUUCCAGCAUUCCGAGACUCAAACAGCAAUCGAGAUUAUUAAAAUCGAAUUUUAUCUUUGAUUAACCGAUCCAGCAAAACAAAUCGUUGCUAACAGGGUUUGGUAAGUUACUUUAAUGUCUUAGGACAGCUGAUUACGGAGGGCAGGGUCCGUUAUGUCAGCAUUUGGAUCUGAUCAUAAGCAAUAUCGUUGCCGUUUGUCUUUGUAUUGUCAUUGUUUUCGUCUUGCGGAACAUUCAUUUACCCGAAGAACGCUAUGGGGCUAAAUGUGCGCGGAAGAUUGCUCAGUGCAUGUUCAUAUUUUGUUGCUGAAGCGUCAGUUUUACAACUUGGCAGGUUACAUUCAUUCUAAAUGAGACGUUUUGGACGGGGUUGGAGGGGGGUAAUUUACUUCUUGAUUUCUGGAUGAAACCGGUAGCUGCGCUAUUUUCUAAAACGCAUCUUUAACUAAGGGAGAUCUGAGAAACGUCCUAUUACUGCCGUUCUUAAAUGAAUUGAUUGUGUAAUUGUGUUUUUUUUUUGUCCAGUUUUAACUAUCCUUAUUUUGAAACAAAUUAUUAGUUACGUUUCAAAGUCCUCGCAACACCCUUGCGUUCACCGAGUAAACGUGAUUUGCCCCUCACAGAAACAUCUUGAUGCUGACUACUGCAAUCUAACAUUUGAUCCAUAAAAAAAUGGGAGGAUUCUUUUUCCUCUGUAACAUUUUAAAAUAUAAAUUAUUUACAGUUUUUACAUAGGGUUCAUUGAGAGAAUUUUGCAUAUGCCACCGUGUGCAAAGUUGUAAAAUGAUUCAAUAAAAACGUUCCAGACA